UCCGGUAGGGGGCGGUGAAGAGGUUUAAAGGAGACCCUCACUGACUGCAGCGGGUUCGGGUCCGGUGGAGAAUUUGACAGUCUUGGUCCUGGUUCUGGUCCUGAUGCCUGGGUUUGAGUUCUCGGCUUCGGAGGUAAACUAAAGUUCCGUUUCUUUGAUAUUUUGUCGUUGUUGUUUUGGUCCAUUUGCGCUGAAACACCGGUGUUCUGCUCAGAAUUGUCUCCGUGUUUGUUCGGCUCUACGGUCUGUGUUUCUAAAUGAACCGGUCUGAUCCGGUUUACAGAGUCUCUCUCUCUCUCUGUGUAAUGACAAAGAAAUUUUGUUUUAGAUCAUUUUCUUUUCUUUAUUUUACACCAAAUCGUGUCUCAUCCUCUGUUAGCAUGUAUGCUAACUUUGUAGCGUCGCCGCGACAGCUGCUUUACGGCAAACAGCUGCUGACGUCAGAGGAGAGGCGGAAGUAAGAGCGGACUGCGCAGCGAAAAAUCAGGGAGGGGACAGAUCGAUAUUUAUAAAGUACCGAUAUCACCUGUAACACCUGUGUGACAUCAGGGACAUGAGCUGCGCAGGCGCAGAGCUCAGGAUCAAUUUCAGCCCAGGCCGCGUGCAGCUGGUCCAGGUAAACCCCUUACCUGUAGAGAGCUAACAGCUAACGGAGCUAACAGAGCUAACGGCUAACAGGACAUCCGGAUUAAACAGGUGUUACUGCUCACCUGACACCCCCCCCCCCAUCCCUGCGUGUGCGCGCGAGUGAGGGUGUGUGAGACUCUAAAGAUGUCUCCAUGGUAACCGCUUCACCUGUGGUUUACCUGUCACUACAGUAACCAAGUCCUGCUGUUGGUACUACUGAGAAGUAUCGCAGUAGUACUGAAGUCAUACCGUAUUUAUACUGCAGUAUAAACUAUAGUAUUUAUACUGCAGUAGUACUGUAGCAGUACUGUAGUGGUCCUGUUUUUGGUCCCGGUCUCUGAUUGGACGAGCAGUAAACACUCUGACCGCCAUUCUGCGUCUGUUUCAGGAGGAGGUCCUGGUCCCGGCUCAGAGGGUCCUGGUUACCGGGGCGACAGGUCUCCUGGGCCGAGCCGUCUGCAGAGAGUUCCAGAACGCUGGCUGGUUGGUCAUCGGGACCGGGUUCAGGAGAGCUAGGCCCCGCCUCCUUCGCUGUGACCUCACAGAUGAGGACGCAGUUCGAGGACUACUGCAAGAGUACACGGUACUACACACACGUGCACAGACACAUCACACACACGUGCACAGACACAUCACACACACGUGCACAGACACAUCACACACACGUGCACAGACAUCACACACACGUGCACAGACAUCACACACACGUGCACAGACACAUCACACACACGUGCACAGACACAUCACACACACGUGCACAGACACAUCACACACACGUGCACAGACAUCACACACACGUGCACAGACACAUCACACACACGUGCACAGACACAUCACACACACGUGCACAGACAUCACACACACGUGCACAGACACCUCAAACAUCCUCAUGACCCCCAAAACUUCUGGUCCUGCUCAGAUCGCUCUUUUUCCCUCCAUGAAGGAAACCGUCAUUAAAAAACGGUUUUAUCACUUCGGUCGUCUUUGUCUGAGAUUCAAGUCAGUCUGAUGAGCGAGACAAAAAAGCAGGAAGUGAAGAAACAUGUGAGAGGAAAUCCUUUUUCAGAGCUCAGCGAUCAUUUAGACUUACAGGAAACAGGAGAAAUCGACUUUAACGAUUUAUUUACUGUCAACAACGACAAACUUUCACUGACUUCUGUGACUUUUAAUCCUUUCAGCCAGAUGUGAUCGUUCACUGCGCUGCAGAGAGACGUCCUGACGUCGUGGAGAGACACACCGAAGCUGCUGUCAAUCUCAAUGUUCACGCCACGAGCACGCUCGCCAAGGAGGCAGGUGAGUCAUCGCCACGUUUCCUCAUCAGCAGCUGAUUUAAAGGCGUUUAUGACGAGGACUUAAAACUAAGAACUGACUGAGAGGCACUUUUAGACGGAAACGGUCUCCAUAGAAAAAAAGAAAAAUUCAGUUUCGUUUAGGGGGUCCGUUUAGACGGAAACGGCGUUUUCAGGAGAUGAAAACGUAACGAAGUGAAAACCCCCUCCAGAGUGGAAAUGUUGUAAACGCUCUGCUCGACACGCUUUCGUCUAAAGUACAAAAACGCUGAAAACAGUCAAACCUGUGACGUCGGCUCACGUUUAUGACAUCAUAGCCAUGCGCAGCUUCCUUGAAAAUAACAACAACAACCAUGAUGGUGAAGAUGGUGAUGAUGAUGGUGAUGAUGAUGAUGAUGAUGGUGAAGAUGGUGAAGAUGAUGAUGAUGAUGGUGAAGAUGGUGAAGAUGAUGAUGGUGAUGAUGAUGAUGAUGAUGAUGAUGAUGGUGAAGAUGAUGAUGGUGAUGAUGAUGAUGAUGAUGAUGAUGAUGAUGAUGAAGAUGGUGAAGAUGGUGAUGAUGAUGAUGAUGAUGAUGAUGAUGAUG